GUUGCCUUGUGAAACGUGGAUCAGACAUAGACAGCUAGCUGUGAAGACGCUGGAUUUUCUGCGUGUUCCGUCUACAUCCUAACAUAUUUGUGCCCAUUUCUGCCAGAACUUUACUCAUUCCUGUUAAAAAAGUAAAACCUGGUCAACCGAAGGGUCCGAUACGUAGACAACUCAUCCUGAACUCACCACCUGAUGGCCUGGCGAUGUAUAAUCAAACCAUCGGCUGUCAAAAUGAUGAUAGAGAUACUGGUCCGUCUAGUGCUCUCUGCAAUAUUCCUGGUCACCGAAGAGAUGGAGCCAUUUCAUCGCAUCAUUCAGCCAGAAGAGAUGUGGCUGUACAGGAAUCCCGUCACGGACAGCUACACGACAACACCCAUGCUUUUUACAAUCAUUUCACUUGUGCCAGCAGUAGUCAUUACAACAUUUGCCAUCAUCAAACAGGAUAAAAAGGACACACAGCAGGCUGUUUUAGCCGUUACGUUGGCCCUUGCCUUGAAUGGUGUCGUCACAAAUUCCGUCAAGCUGACCGUAGGGAGGCCAAGACCAGAUUUCUUCUGGCGUUGCUUCCCCGACGGAAAGAGCACGCUCGACAUGAAGUGCACCGGAAAUCCCGACACCAUCAAAGAAGGAAGGAAAAGUUUCCCAAGCGGCCAUUCCUCUUUUGCUUUUGCGGGACUGGGAUUCACAGCCCUGUACCUCGCUGGAAAACUGCGCUGCUUCGAAUCCCAAGGCAGGGGGAGUUCUUGGAGGCUGUGCCUCUCCGGAACACCGAUGCUGGCUGCGACGCUGAUUGCCCUGUCCAGAACAGCAGACUACCACCAUCACUGGCAAGACGUCCUGAUCGGCUCCCUGCUCGGUUUAAGCAUCGCAUUCAUGUGCUACCGUCAACACUUCCCGCCCAUAGCCCAUGCCAACUGCGACAGGUGCUACGCGUCUCUGACACCGUACGCGACCCUGCCAACUUUCAGCGACUCAACAAACUCGGAUUUUGAGCUCAACGGGAUUGCAUCCACCCUACCAAUGGAUUCAGACAACUCUGUGAAGCAGGUUUGAUGUGACUGGAUAAGUUGAUACCUUUAUAUUGUUUUUUUUUUUCGGAAGUUUUUGCUAACCCCCAAAGGGGGUGGGGCAAAGUUUCCUUAAAGAUGAUGAUAUCGCAGUUACUCAAGCAGUGGGUUUGGGAAGGCAGAGGUCUAUGCUGACCCACAUGAUCUUUUGACCUUUUUUUUGAAGUCUUCAGCUCUGUUGAGAACGCACGUCUGUGCGCAGCAACUUCAGUGUAAAUUUAUGGCAAAAGCGCAUCAAAUACUGUGCCCUCUGUCAUUUUGAAUUGUAAUGAAACGUUUGAGAGACCUGUCUUUCUUUGUAUCAUGCACCCUGAGGUACGCAUCGUAUUCAAAUACACCAAGGCCUCUCUGUAUCUGCCAACUACUGCACAGUCGCCUGGUGUUGGCCAUCUCAUGGAAUUGAUGCUAGCACGGGCACAGAGGGAAACUAAAUUUUGAAGUGGAAUAACAUCCAGGUCAAUUUCCAUGAUUCCUAACAUGACUGAAGCGUGGGGGUGGUGCAAGUCAUCACCUGAAGACAAUUCCACCCGGGCAUUGUCCUGGGAUACAGUGAAUUUUGAUAACAGGUUUUGUAGGUGAAGUCUGAGAGAGUCUGGUGCCAGGUCCCAAGAGUGGUGCUAAGAGAUACAUGUACAUGUAUUCCUUGGGAUUAGACCAGAACCAAAGCUGCAAGAAGGAUUCAAGCCCGUUGUUAAAAUGUGGCCGCCGAUGCUUUCAGAGGUGCAUGGCUGCAGCCUUCAGCAGAUAGUUACGUCAAAGAACCCUUUGGGUAAGCUGCUGAAUCCCGGAGAUAGAGUGUGUCAAGUGUGACCAUGUCACGGCAGGGGUUAAGGUGAACCCCCUGCCGGUAUUACGUAAUGUGUACUGAGUCACCAUCCCCGCUCAGUGGACGACUCUGUCCCAAUUUACAGCUGUCUGUGGCCUGGUCAAGAACUCGGUAGCAUGUCUGCUGUGCUCGUCAUGUUUGGAAAAUUCCAGACCAGCUCCAGAAAAUUGGGGAAGUCUACAUUUUUUCCUGUUCUUGUAUUU